AUGACUCAGAUCAUACGAUAUGUUAAGGUAACACAAAACGAAAAGUGUUCAAUUGAAGAAAGGUUUGUCGAUUUUAUAGAAACCAAACAAAAAACGGGUGAAGGACUGGCACAAGAUAUUUUAAACAAAUUGCAGGCUGAUAACUUAGAUAUCCAGAAUUGUAGAGCUCAGUGUUACGAUAAUGGUGCGAACAUGGCGGGGAAAUACAAAGGAGUGCAGGCUCGCAUUAUCGAAGUCAACAAAUUAGCUUAUUUUAUACCAUGUUCAUCACAUUCAUUAAAUCUAGUUGGAGUUCACGCUGCUAGCGUAUCACCAGAAAUGAUGACAUUUUUUGGUAUUGUCCAAAGUUUAUUUGUCUUUUUCUCAUCUUCUCCUGACAGAUGGGACAUUCUUAUGUCACAUGUAACGGUUUCUUUGAAGAAACAUUGUGAUAGUCGAUGGUCAUUGAAAAAGCAAGCUAUUUCUGCAGUGUACAAAGAGUUGCCAAAUAUUUUUAAAGCUUUGGAAGACCUUACGCAAUUUAGAAAAAAUGAGGAAACAUACUCAGGAGCAAAAAACUUUUUAAAACAGAUAAAAAAUUUUCACUUUAUCUGCAGUUUGGUAGUGUGGAAUAACAUCUUGGAGCAAAUUGAUAAUGUAAAUGUUCUUCUACAGAAAAAAACUAUUACAGUUUCGAUCGCUAGCAAACUUAUUGAAAGUCUGAAAAAUAUUAUAAACACAAUAAGAAAUGAGAAGUUUCCAAACUUUCUACAGGAAAGUAUAGAUUUGGCCAAGUCAUUAGAUAUAGAUCCUGUAUUUAAGGAGAGUCGGAAAAGAAAAACAAAAAAACAAUUUGAUUAUGAAGCUUCUGAUGAAAGUGCCAAUUUGAAUGAAAAAUUUCGUGUUGCUUACUUGGAAGCUAUUGAUACAAUAAUCGAGCAACUUAACUGGAGAUUUGAGAAACUUCGGAAGGUAUCUGAAGAUUUUGAAUUUCUUUCUGGCUCAAAUAUAGUAUCAAUGGACGAAAAUAUUUUGAGCAAAUUUUGUAUGGAUCUGGUUGAUAAAUAUGCUGCUGACUUGAACGGGCCGGAGUUUUUGAGUGAAGUACUGAGUGCGAAAAAAUUGUUUCCGCCUUUAAACGAAAAUUUUAAAGAAAUGGACCACUUAGAAAUCCUUCAAUUAAUUCAUGAUUUUGACUUGAUACCUAAUUACAAAAAUAUGGAGACAGCAUAUAGGAUUUACUUAACUAUCCCAGUCACCUCCGCAUCAGCAGAAAGAUCCUUCAGCAAACUUAAAUUGGUCAAAAAUUACUUAAGAUCUGCAAUGGGCCAAGAAAGAUUAAGCAAUUUAAGUAUACUUGCAAUUGAAUACGAAAUAACGCAACUGUUAAAUUUGGAAAAAAUAAUUGAUAAUUUUGCUUCCUUAAAAGUUAGGAAAGUAAAGUUGACGUAA